GGAAUUUAAUUAAUAAAAAUCUCAAUAUUAUCACCUGUGAAAUAAUAAAUGAUCUAAUGAUCAGAAAGCUAUGUUCUUCAUCACUACGUGUACUAUUUUUCCUUUUUAAGUGUGUGUGUGUGAGAGAGAGAGGAAGGGCCACAGGGGAAGUGAUGGAGUCAUCAUUGGAGGAGCAGCUACCUCUGUGUGACUUUCACACCAUUUCCAGCCAGAGGAACCUGAAGGAUAUCCAGUGUGUGUCAUGGAGUGGGCGAGCUCAUACCCAAGUCAAGCCCAUACCCUCAACCUGAACCCUGUCAUCUCCACCCAGGCUGGAUCCACCAGUCAGCAUUCUCAGAUGGACAUGAUCCCCUACAGCCAGUCUCAGGGAAUAAUGAGGGGGCCCAGUGAGGACAGAGUGGCCGAGCAGAUGAUGGGACUAUCAUAUCCCCCUUACUCACCAUCCUGUCUCGGCAACACCUCCACUGCAGGAAGCACAAACCAUCACCAGAACCAUGCCGACUCUCAGCAGGAUUUUUCUCCCUUCCUUCUGCCAAGUCUGAGGGCCCCGGUAACCAAGAGGAGCAUCAGCAAGGACAGCGCAGAGUACCGCCUGAGACGAGAGAGGAACAAUAUCGCUGUUAGGAAGAGCCGGGACAAAGCCCGCAGGAGGAUCCUGCUGACCCAGCAGAGAGCUGUGCAGCUGCAGGAGGAAAACCAAAAGCUGCAGAUGAGGAUAGGCCAGCUGACCCAGGAGCUGGACACUCUCAAACACAUCCUAUCGCAGCAACACCUGCAGGGAGUUGAAGAGGGAGCCACAGGGGAGCUCAGCAUCUGAACCAUAUUUCCAACUGCCAUUAACAUCACUGAAGCAGGGACACUCAAAGUCAAAAGUGUAAUUGUAUUCUUUCCUUCAAAGUUUUACUAUAAAGGCAAACAUCUGUGAUAAUUUGAAAAUGCUACUUAGAAGAGGAGAUUUUAAAAUAGCGCUUUAGGAUCUAAUGACAGGUGUAAAGUUAGUUAAAUUGUGAAAUGAUAAAGUAAAACACAUUGGCAAGGCUGUAGUUACCUCUGAGAGCAGCAAACUAGUUAGACAAGCUAACCUUUAAAGUUUAUGUUAGAGCACACACACACACACACACACACACCAUUUAAUAAUUUAAUCUGUUUUAUUGUUUUGUAAAGGCUAUAGAACGACACCAAAAGAUUUUGAAAAAGGGACUGUUACCUGUUCUGGAUGCACUUCAUUGUAUUUUAUAAAGUGUAAAUGCAAGGCUGUGAGCACAAAUAGCAACAUUCAAUGAGUGGCAGAGUGAAUUUAGGUUAUAUGAAAAAGGCUGAUUAAAGGAAGAAUGCUGGUGUUGAUGUUAAAAGGUAAACUAUUGGAGAAAAACACACAGAGGAGUACCCAUGUGAAAUCCUGGUGGCAUCUCCAACGCACUCUGUGUUGUUAUGUGACCCCAUCUGAAUUAAUGAACACUGCCUAUUCGUGUAACCGAUACUUCUCGUCAUUGUCAGAGGUGAUUGUAAGUGUUGUUGCCCAACAGAGUUACACAACAACCAUCCUGUGGCUUGUAAGGGAUUUAAUGAAAUCUAAGUGUCUCUCUCUUUAUAAUACUCUAAGUGAGUGAGUGUGUGAUUACUUGCAAUGCUUUUGACUCAGUUUUAAAUAUGAGGAGAUCACCUUUAAUGUCACUAAAUAAACUUUUUAAAUAUAUAGUAAUACAUUGUUAAAGUGUUACUGUGUCGAAUAUCUUGUUAAAUAAACAAAUACUUGC